CAGCUUAGCAUCGCCAUUGCAGUCGCGACAACCUGCGUCGGUCGUGACAUCCUCCUCCGCUUGCGGUUGCACCGUGCGCAUCGCCAUCUCCUGGUAUAUGUGUAUCUCAUCUGCUCCUGACGAUGCAUUGCAUCAUAGUCACAUCUCGCCACUAACCUUCUCCCACCAACCAACACCAUCUCCUUCUCGCUCCUUAUAACUGAAGUCCGGGAUCUCGGGUCGGAGAUAUCGAAUCCAUAUGGGGGAAGUGGCAGCAGAAAUUGCUGACUGGACGCCCGGCGACAUUGCCGUCUUGACCAAGCCCACCCAUAUGGCCAUCGCCAUCACGACCAGCUUCAUCGCCGACAAGUCCACCGGUGAGGUGGUGGCCAUGGCUCACGAGGCGAACCCCCGGGACGAUUGGCUGCCGAUCACAGAGUCAAGGGAUGGCAGCACCGUGUCCGCAGUGUUCCACCUCCUGUGCUCCGGGUUGGGGAUUCAGGCGCUGAUGCUUCCCGUUGCCUUCGCUUCUCUUGGUUGGGUUUGGGGAAUCAUAACUCUAUCCAUAGGGUUUCUAUGGCAACUUUAUAACAUAUGGGCUCUCGUAGAGCUCCAUGAAUCCGUUUCUGGAACCCGCUAUAGCAGAUUCCUCCACCUCUCCAUUGCUGCAUUCGGACACAGGUUGGGAAAAUUGCUUGCUCUAUUCCCCGUGAUGUACUUGUCGGGGGGCACGUGCGUGAUGUUGAUCAUCAACGGAGGCAGGGCCAUGGAGGAUCUCUUCAAGACCAUGUGCAGCGGAGAUGGCGCCGCUUGUGGCAUCAAGCCACUGGACGGCGUGGAGUGGUUCUUGUUGUUCACGUGCAUAGCCAUCGUCAUAGCUCAACUACCAAAUUUAAAUGCGAUAGCUAUAGUCUCACUGUUUGGAGCAAUUGCGGCCGUCGGGUACGGCGCCCUGAUUUGGAUCCUAUCCGUCGCCAAAGGUAGGCCCGAGGGCGUGUCUUACGAACCGUUGAUUGAGGCGAAGUCGGAGGAGGCAAGAAUCGGCAGCGUGCUGAAUGCCAUCGGGAUCAUCGCACUAUCCUUUAGAGGUCACAACCUCGUGCUUGAGAUUCAGGGAACAUUGCCUUCAACCCCGAAAUGCUCAUCCAAAGAGUCCAUGUGGAGAGCUGUGAUCAUCGCCUACUCACUCAUCGCUCUCUGCUUAUACUCCUUAGCCGUUGGUGGGUUUUGGGCCUAUGGAAGCAAAAUCCCAAACGGAGGACUGUACGUCGCUUUCCAUCAAUUUCAUGGCCAUGACACACCAAAGCUCGUGAUGGGCCUAACCUACCUCCUCAUUGUGGCCAGUUGCCUCAGUGCAUUCCAGAUCUAUGCCAUGCCGGUCUUCGACACCCUAGAGCUCCGAUACACCGUCAUCAAGGAUUGCCGCUGCCGCUGCUCGUGGCGGGCCCGCACAUCCCUUAGGGUCUUCUUCGGCUGCCUUGCCUUCUUCUUGGCGGUGGCGCUUCCCUUCCUAGGGAGCCUGGCCCCACUGAUUGGGGGGAUGACUUCCACCCUGACGUUUGUGCUACCAUGCUUCAUGUGGCUGAUGAUCAAGAGGCCUCAUCGCAAGAGCGGCAAGUGGUGGCUCAACGUUGGGCUGGGGUGGCUCGGGGUGGUGUUGUGGGUGAUGAUGGUGACCGCAGCAAUCUGGGUAUUAGUCGAUAGAGGGAUUAAUGCUAACUUCUUCGAUCCUUGAGAGUGACUUGGAAAAAUAUAUAACAAAUCAUGUCUCGAAAGAAGAAUUCCAGCUGAGAAAGAAAUGGCCUUGUCAAAAGAA